UCUAGUGAUUUUUUUACGUAAAAAUAGUCAGUUUUUAGCGUAUAUUUUUUUAAAUUUGAAAUUAUUAAUUAAUCACCAAGCAAAUUUUGUAAAUAAUCAAUUUCUUGAUCAAAAAAUAAUAAUUGUCAUUAAACAGUCAAGUAUUUUUGUUAAAAUUAUAUAAAUCCGUGAAUAAUUAUAAGAUCGCGGUUCAUAGAGUUUAUUUGUAGAUCUGUCAUAAAUCGAUUUCCAAGUUUGUGUUUGGAAAAAUAAAAUGAAGUUCAUAAUUCAAGACAAUGUAAAAAUGUUUUAUCCUACAGCCGAGGAAUGUAAGGUAAAUAAUAAAGUACAUUGCACGGAAGAAGGUUGUACCAGUAUUUUUAUAUCGGAAUCUAACCUUAAUUUACAUUUAACCAAAACUCACCGAAAACCUCAUUUAUUAGAAGAAUCUAUCACGAAGCAUUAUUUCUGUCCAGAACUUGGAUGUUUAUACAACGCAGACAAAUACUUCAAAGAAUUAAAAAAACUUCGUACACAUUAUAUGACGAAACAUUCUUCAGAACAAUAUAUUUGUUUAAAUUGUAAUAAGAUAUUUCCACAACAGAAAAAUCUUCAACAACACUCCGAUUAUUGUGGCGUGAAUUUUACUUGUCCCCAGUGCCCCGCUUAUUAUGCCACAUACGAAUCUCUACAAACUCACAGUAGAAGAAAAAAACAUUGCAUACCUUUAAAGACUCAUUAUAAAGUUAUUAACACUUGUUCGAAAAGUGAUACUCUACUACAAGCUACAGAUAGGCCUAUUUUACCUAAAAGUUCUUUCAAUUUAAUAAUUGUACCAAACGAUACUAAGAAAUUUAACCAAGAAAGUCAAACGUACAACAUACCAUCGAUUUAUAAAAGCAAAAUGACUCAAGUUUGUAGAGAAUUUGAUAGUAGAAAUAAUCAACAAACACAAACUGGUAAUAAAAGUGAAUAUUUCACAGUAGAGACACAAACUAUAGGAAACUAUCGUAAUUUAUCAAGAAAAAAUAGUGGAUCAAUGGAUAAUUCGUCAACGCAAAGAAGUUUGAAGACUCAAACUGAUGUUAUAGAAUCGAAAAACUUUUCUUGCAAUACGUCGUUUAAAGACGAUUUUCCUAUUGAAACUAAUAGUUCUAGUACACAAACUGGAGAAAACAACACUUCCAAUAAUAAUAAUUCUACACAUACCCACGAUACGAUAUACACAGACACCUCUGAUUUACUUCAAGACGUAAAUGUUGGUAGCUUCGAGUUCGAUAACUGCAACAUGGAGACACAAACUGACUUCAUAUUUGACGACGUUAUGUUCGGUUGUGAUUAUAUGAGUAACAUGUACACGCAGACCUCCGAUCAAAUUUUGAGUGAUCUAGGUUUCAGUAAUAUUCAGACACAAACUUUGAUAGAUGACGUUCUGAAAUCUGUCGAAAGCCAAACUGUUAUGUCCAGGAGAAAACAAGACGUCGGAGAUAGAGAUAUGACGCACAUGGAAACACAAACCGAUAUGGAAUUUAGGGAAAUGUUGGAAGUUAUCAAUUCAUGACUAUAACUUAAUUUUAUUGUUUUUAAAUGUUUCAUUGUGGAAUCUUUAUGUGUCUGUUAAAUUUAGUAGUUGAUGUAGAUUACCAAUAAUAAAUGUUUUAUGAAGUUGA